UGAUCCGGGUGGAGGAAAUUUGGGAGGAGUGUCCGGGGGGCAGCAACUUAAAAGGGGGAGGGAACCGCGGCUAAGGAGACGUUUGCUGAUGGGAACGCGAUGUAUGCGGGGUUACGGUGCCUCAGGUAUAAAAGAGCAGGAAGCUGAGUGAGAGGUUGGAGAAAAAGUGUCUUCGCUAGGCGGAGGUUACAGGUGGUGUCUCGGAAAGAGCUCUGAGGCUGUCCGCUUGUAGUCGAGAAGAGGAUCAGAGAACCGUGUAGAAGGGACAGCUUGGGGGCUAGCGUCCUGGGGCGAGGGGGAAGUUCGCGACUUUCUGCGGACUGACAGGAAUGUGCCUCCUGGCCCUCGGUGCUUCCCCCCUGGGGGGAGGCAUCGCGAGGGACUGUGGCAGGCUCCUCUGAACGCUGAGCGGCGGAGGUCCAACUCCACGUAUGGAUCCAAGGAAUGAGAAUUCAGCCACAGAGGCUGCUGCGAUCAUAGACCUCGAUCCCGACUUCGAACCCCAGAGCCGUCCCCGCUCCUGCACCUGGCCCCUUCCCAGACCAGAGCUCGCUACCGAGGCGUCUGAGCCGCCCGAGCCGCACGAGGUGGAGCCGGGUCUGGGAGAGAAGGUACACACGGAGGUGCGCUCAGACCCGAUCCUGUUGCCCUCCCAGCUCCCCGAGCCGGCAGGGGGCCCCCAGCCCGGGAUCCUGGGGGCUGUAACAGGUCCUCGGAAGGGAGGCUCCCGCCGGAAUGCCUGGGGAAAUCAGUCAUAUGCAGAACUCAUCAGCCAGGCCAUUGAAAGCGCCCCCGAGAAGCGAUUGACACUCGCCCAGAUCUAUGAGUGGAUGGUCCGCACUGUGCCCUACUUCAAGGACAAGGGUGACAGCAACAGCUCAGCAGGAUGGAAGAACUCAAUCCGCCACAACCUGUCCCUGCACAGCAAGUUCAUCAAGGUUCACAACGAGGCUACUGGCAAGAGUUCCUGGUGGAUGCUGAACCCUGAGGGAGGCAAGAGUGGCAAGGCUCCCCGCCGCCGGGCAGCCUCCAUGGAUAGCAGCAGCAAGCUGCUACGAGGCCGCAGCAAGGCCCCCAAGAAGAAACCAGCCGUGCUGCCAGCCCCACCUGAAGGUGCCACUCCAACGAGCCCCGUCGGCCACUUUGCCAAGUGGUCAGGCAGCCCUUGCUCGCGAAACCCUGAAGAAGCAGAUGUGUGGACCACCUUCCGUCCACGAAGCAGUUCAAACGCUAGCAGCGUCAGCACCCGGCACUCCCCCAUGAGGCGUGAGUCUGAGGUGCUGACAGAGGAGGAGAUACCAGCCUCCGUCAGUGGCUAUGCAGGGGGUGUCCCUCCCACCCUAAACGAAGAUCUGGAGCUGUUAGAUGGGCUCAAUCUCACACCUUCCCAUUCCCUACUAUCUCGGAGUAGUCUCUCUGGCUUCUCUUUGCAGCAUCCUGGGGUGACAGGUCCCUUGCACACCUAUAGCACCUCCCUCUUCAGCCCAGUAGAGGGGCCUCUGUCAGCAGGAGAAGGGUGCUUCUCAAGCUCCCAGUCUCUGGAGGCGCUGCUCACCUCUGACACGCCACCACCCCCUACUGAUGUCCUCAUGACCCAGGUAGAUCCCAUUCUUUCCCAGGCCCCCACACUUCUGUUGCUGGGGGGCAUACCUUCCUCCAGUAAGCUAGCCACAGGGGUUGGCCUGUGUCCCAAGCCCCUAGAGGCCCCAGGCCCCAGCAGUCUGGUUCCUACCCUCUCCAUGAUAGCACCACCUCCAGUCAUGGCAGGUGCUCCUAUCCCCAAGACCCUGGGGACUCCUGUGCUCACACCUACUACCGAAGUUGCAAGCCAAGACAGAAUGCCUCAGGAUCUAGUAGAUCUCGAUAUGUACAUAGAGAACAUGGAGUGUGACAUGGAUAACAUCAUCAGUGACCUCAUGGAUGGGUGCGAGGGAUUGGACUUCAACUUUGAGCCAGAUCCCUGAGCCAUGGCUAGAAGCUUUGUCUCCUGCUUCAGAGGUGGAGCCAGGCGUGCCCAUAUCCACUCUUUACCCUUGACCCUUCCCUGGGAAUUUGGGACCCUGCUUUAGAGCUAGGGUGGGGUCUGCUCACAUGGGUGUUGAGGAAAUUAGAAAGAUAAAACUGUCCCAUAUGGGAACUAUGGGGGGAGGGAGAGAAAGGGGUGGGGGAAAGGGAAAAGGUUUAUUCUCACUGUGCCAAUUAGGGGGUGAGGCCCCCUCCUGGGAGCUUUCCUUGGCUCCCCCACCCCCUCCACCUGAUUUUCACUCCCUAGGUUUUAUAGCAGGGGUGGGCAAUGUGUUGGAAAUGUGAAGUCACCAGUGGCCUUACCCCUGCCUUUGGGAGCAGGAUUUUUUUGUAGUCUUAUCUGAGCUGGUCCAGGCUAGGUUGAGCCUGGGAUUUUUAUGCAGUGGCCCCCUAGGCCAGUGGUGUGGGGUUGGGGGGAGGGUAGUAGGGACCUGGAAAGGCCAAGGUCUGAGCACUGGAGAGGCUCACCAGGCCAAAUCACCCUUGGAAGGCUGCAGAUCACAGAAAGGCUUUUUAUAAACUUUUAAAGAAAUAUAAACACAAAUAUAGAGAUUUUUAACAGCGGCAAGGUGCUAGUGAUGGGGAGAAUGCUUUCUUUUUCUUUCUGAAGGCUUUGACAUAGUGACAUGAUACAAACACUACAGACAUUACUCAGGGAAGCAUGGGAAACAGGGAGAGAGAACACCAAGCUGGGGAGAGCCGGGGGCAGGGGAGCAGCAGUGGAGAGUAAGGGAAAGAACUCCAACGAUGAUGAUAUGGGAUGAUGAUAUGGGGAUGUGUAGAACAAGGUCUGGGCGGAACUAGCUUAGAAUUUCCCUACGGAAAAGCUAAGCCAGACCUCCCUCAUUCACCUUGUGUCUGGGAGCAUGUGGUGUCCGUCCGGGGGCAGCCACACUCUUGCAUGACCCACUGCAGGUUGGUGUUAUGCUGGGAGAGUACAUUGAAAGCCUGGAAUUAGUUUGUGUUAGUUUGUGGCUGGGGGAAACGGGUGGGAGGGGGGGAGAAGAGGGAAGGAUUUAGGUUGGUAAAGUUAGGCACAGAGACCUCCCUGUUCCAGGCCCCUGACAGCUGUCCCUGCCCUUCUUCCCCUUGCUUGACUGCAGGGGUUAUGUGGAAGUGUGUGUAGUGGCAGGCAGGGGGAGGGGCAGAACAGGGAAGGGGGAGCUGGGGAGCUUGGCUGAGGGUCUGGGAAAUGAGCAGGGACAGAGGGGAAUGUGGAUCAGGUUUACUAGCACCUGCCAGGGUGGCCAUCUGGGGCUCCUUCUCCACCCCAGCCCCCAAAGCAGCCCCUCCCCCCCUCCCCCCCCCCUCACCCUGUGGGUUCCCAUCAUUUCCUGUGUCAGCGCCUGGCCUACCCAGAUUGUAUCAUGUGCUAGAUUGGAGUGGGGAAGUGUGUCAAAUCAAUAAAUGAAUAAAUUCAAUAAAUGCCUAUAACCAGC